GCGAUCCCAAACCAGUCUAGCUUGUCCUUACAUCCCACGUGACCGCAGCGUUCUCCCACAAACCUGGAAGCUUCCCCGUUAGCGAGCAGACAAACAUGUCGACCCUUCGUUCAACGCACAGCUUGUUGAGACAGGCGGUACGGUUCGGCAGAGCAGCCAGCCGCCCCAUCAGUGGGAAGGCGAGUUCAGGCGCCUACAGGAGCGCGCGACCCCUCCUACUGGGCGCCAUUACCGCAGGUGCGCUGGGGUACGGGGCGUACAAGACGUUCCCGGAGGGGGCGCGUGACACCCUCAAGUUCAUCCAGCCAAUGAAAGUACAUGCUGCCAAUGUUCCACAGAGCCAACCGUCUGUGUACUCCCAGGGCAAGGACCACGCUGUCUACCUGUGGAUCCACCUGAAACCCACAGCUAACUCCCGCGAGGUGGCACGAUCUGUGGCCAAGCUGCAGAAGUAUGUCGACCAGGUCGUUGACCCAAGCAUGCGAGACGAGGACGACGAGAUCUGGGCAGGAGUCGGAUUCGGACCCAACUUUUAUGGACAGGUCGCGGGGAAGACCAGGAAGAACUUCACAUACCCCUACAGGAAAGGCGCCCUGGGAGAAAUGCCGAGCUCAGGCGGUGAUGUCUUCAUCCAUGCCAAGUCCAACCAAGUAAGCAAGUUGUUCGAGCUUGCCAACGUCGUCCUCAGAGGCCUCCCCAAGGACAGCGUGGCCAGCUACGAGGACAUCUACAGCUUCGUCUACCAGAACGGGCGAGAUCUGUCGGGCUUCAUUGAUGGCACCGAGAACCCCGCUGAUGACGACAGCCGCCAGAGUGUUGCAGUGGAAAAGGAGACUGGAGGCAGCUACGUGAUAACUCAGAAAUGGCUCCAUAAGUUGGAUGUAAUCCAUACCGAAAAGGACAAGACGCUGGAAGGGUGGGUCGGUCGUCAGAAAGGCGACAGCACGGAACUCAGCCGCAAGUCGAUCACGUCCCAUGUGGCCAGGAUGACUGGAGGUAGCGCCUUCAACCAGGCAAAGAAGUUCGAGAUCGUUCGUCAGUCGAUGCCCUUUGGUAGCCACGCCGGCGGGGCUGGCCUCUUCUUCAUCGGCUACGCAGCGUCACCCGAGAACUUCGAGUUCAUGCUUGACCGGAUGGUGGGUGCCGGUGGGGACGGCCACAGUGACGACAUCAUGAAAGUCACCACGAACGUCAAGGGGACGUACUGGUACUUCCCUGGCGCCCAGGAGCUCAAGAAGCUGGAGUAGGACGUACAGGGGAUCAUUAAGGCGGGGGGGGGUCCUUGAAGGGGAAGCAUUGGUUUGGUGAGAUCCUUGGAUUGAGACAGGGAGGGGAGAUCCUUGAUUAAAAGGGAGAUCCUUUACUUGUGACUGGGGAUCCUUUACUCUCGGGGAAGUUCCUUAACACCAUACGGGAGAUCCUUUACUUGUGACUGGGAUCCUUUACUCGAGAGGGAGAUCCUUUAUUUUAGGGGAGAUCCUUUGAAACAGGGAUCCUUACACGAGAUGGGGAUUAUUUUCUUAGGGGGAGAUCCUUUACUUAAGAUGGGGAGGAGGGAGGUCCAUGACUAGAACUGCUAGUAGUGAAGCCAGUAACCUUGCAUGCAUGUGUAGGGGAACGAAAGAACAGAAUAGACUUGUUUAUUACGUGAGGAUUUGGUUUAGGUCUAAUGAUUUGCGUUUGCUGUGACAUGGGGCUUCAGUACUGUUACAUAUGGACAUUUCUAUCGUUUACACUUGACAAAAGUAAACUGGACAUACUGGUUUAGGGCGACUCUUGCCACUUAUAUACUCUUCGAAUUAAUUUAGUCCUUGAACAUUUUUUGUGGACUUGGACUAUCAUAAACAAUGUGAAGAUGAGGCGGUUUUGUAUUUACCCGUAAUAACCUGACAUGAGUUCGUCUUGAUGCAUGUCCAUGUAGUACUGUAUGAAUGUUGUGUCUUGUGUGUGACCUCAAACGUCCUGGGAGUGCUUUAGUCAGGGUUGUUUUUCAGCGCGCCUUCUUAGUCAGAUGAUUUCGUUUUCGACGGGUGAACCGCCAUUAAGUCCUUCUGUUACCUCUGCUGAAAAAACUCAACCCGUAUUAGGUCCCUCCAUGGUGGCAACACAUUUAUGCACUGUACUGUACUCCCCUGAAGCAAGGAGACAAAGUAUUAUUCUUCAUGCUUGCUUACGUUUAUUUCAAUUUGAAUUUCUUGAAAAAAUAUGAAAGUUGACGAUGUCCAUAUUAUAUUGUCAUAAAUAAAAUGUUAAAUGUUA